AUGCAGUCGGGAAGCAACGAGCCAGCCGCAGCUGCGGCUGCUGCUGCUGACAUUACUAGCGACAACGAAGGCGAGCAAAUAACAUCGUCCAAGGCAAGCUUCGAAGACGCGCCGCAAGAGCAGCCUCCCAGUACCUCCAACUCGGGCCAAAGCCACCCAUCCGAAGACAGAGCUCCUAGCGAGGAUGCCGGAAGAGACAACGGCAGCAAGCCCCCUUCGCAAAAGGUACCGAGCCGGCAACCGUCGGUGGAGGGCGAGGGAAGUCGGGCAGCAGUCGCCGCAGGAUCGCAACAAGGGAGCAGAGCGCCGUCGAACAAGGCACCGUCGCCAGCGGGCAGCCGAGCCGGUUCCCAGCAGGGCAGCAGGAGAGGCUCCAAUGAGGCCGCCGCGGCCGGCGGAGGUACGGCCGAUGCCCCGACGGCGGCAUCGGAUGCGGCGAUCGCCAGGGAGCGUGCCCCUGGCGACGAGAACCGUGAGGCAUUCCGCGACUCCACGAUCACGGCCGUCAGCGAGAGCACGGCACUGAUGCUCAGUCGAGACGGCAUGCCCAAGACAACAACUGAUCCAGCGGCGGCAGGAGUCCUGGGGGGAACGGGCGAGACCCCCGACGACGACGAGCUCGAGCCCCUGACCAAGUACGUCGAUUGGACGGAACACAUCUCCAUCUCCAUCGGCCCCUUUGUCAUUCUCUUCUUCGAUCUCGCGCUGCCGGUCUGCAUCUACUAUAGCUGGCUCCGCGCGCGGCGAAACGAUCGUCGCGCCGCCUGUCAGCCUGCCUAUGACGCGGGCGUAGAGUGCGGUCUGCCUCCUGUUCAAACGGUCGAGAGUAGGAUUCUCGGGUUUGCCAUCAUUGCUUUCGGUUUCGGCGAAGUUUACAUCCUCAUUGUCCGCGUCUACCGACUCAUCGCUCGCUACGAGGAGUGCGCGCCGCUGCUAUCCAACCACUGGUGGGAGCUGGACGCCACGACCUGGGUAUACGCACUCGGCCUGAUUGCCGCGUUGGUCCCCUUUGUCUGUUCGACCACAGUCUAUGAGCCGUUGGUCGUCGAGUGGCUGUACCUCUACGCUCCCGCCUUCAUGUUCAUGGUACUGGACGUCAUCGCCUUUGCGACAUUGAUCCCGAUCAAGAUACCGUUUAAAAUCAACUCGGAUCCCAAGGGCACGCGCCUCAAGCCCAUUGUCUACUACGCCGCAGAAGACUUCUUUGCCGUCGACGGAGCGCAGAAUAGGGAAUUCCGCAAAAGGUACGUCGAGCGGUACGACAAGUCGAUAAUGUUCCGCAAGAUGAUUCUCGAGUUGACUCUGUUCUGGAUCGGCGGCUGCUCGGCCUUCAUUGGCUACGUCGCCGCCAUCAUUUGGAAUCUGGAGUUUGAACGCGCAUUUGGCACGACGUUGGGCGUCUUGUUUGGGUGGAUUAUAAUAUGGGGUGUCAGUGCGAGAUUUUGGAUUGAAUACGCGCUGAAGCGCGAGGCAAAGUGGUGGAAAGAGAACAAGGCCGAAAGAAACGCGGCCAAGCUCCAAUGA